GUGCGCCAUGGUGAUAGAAACCAUUUCGCAGAAAAGAAACAAAACCCUACCGCCAUUGCCCCAAGCUGCUUUUUCUUCAUCGUUUUCCUUGAAGUUGCAGAGCUUGGCAUUUACCGAAAACCUAACCUAAUUCUUCUUUUUUUAUUUUUAUUGCUAGAUUUCAUAUUUCAUUUUUGAAACGUCGGCGGUCUUCUGUUUAUAUAAGAGUCAGGAAUCUUUUCAGAAUCUUCUGGUUUUUUCUUUUCCUUAGGAGGGUGAGGGUAAAAGAAUAAUUAUGGGUUGUGAUUGGAUGGUUUCGGUUCAGGAUCAUCAAUUUGUUUUGUCAGCAGGUGUCGAUCACUGGUUUAAUUUCGUAUCUAGGAGAUUGGAGGAAUUCAUUUCAUUAAAAAAAUUCAUAGCAGACGUCAUUUGUUACGGAAAAGAAGAAAAGGGCUUGAUGCUAAUUUAGUGUAGUGCAGAAUUUGAAAGCAGAAGUAUCAGAAUGCGCACAAGGACAUGCUAAUUUGUUUUUUUACUAUUUAGUCUUCAAAAGAUUUGACGGGGAUAAUAAGCUUGGUUUAUGUUUGGAAUCAUGCCGGUUUCAGCAAAUGAAGAGAGUGGGGUUAAACCCGUUAUUCGGCAGUCUGUUGACUAUCUUGCAGGUAUUCCUAUUAAAAAAAGAAGGUUUCCUUUAUUCAGGCCAAACUCACCGCCUCCAGCUGAAGAGCCAUGUUUGUGUCCGACAGAAACUAGUUCACUGCAAAAGGACCAAUCUAGCCUAUCCCAAGGAUCAAGGCUUUCAUAUUCGAGUGUUGCAACAACUUCUUCAGGUUUAUCGGAUGUGGUCAAGCAUCCUGAACCUGAAGCAAGAAGCUCUAGUGUUGUGAGUGAUCAUGUGGGGAAUAUCAAUUUGACAAAUAUCAUGCAUCCUGAACCUGAAGAAAGAAGCUCUAGUGUUGUGAAUGAUCAUGUGAGGAAUAUCAGUUUGACAAAUAUCAAAGUUGAAGAAACUAGCCUGACGACACAGCCAGGAUCUGCUGCUAACAUGAAUGGGGAAGAGAAACUAGUGAAAGCUAAAGACCCUAUAGAUCAGACUAUUUCAGUGAAAAAUGUGUUAAAACCAGCUGGAUCUCUUGCCCUUAAUGUUGGGUUUGAUGUGCCUAUUAAGGAUAGAACUGAAGUGAAGGUUGAACCAGAAGUUGCUGCUUUACAAGAAAACAGCAAGUCAUUACUGAAUUUGAAAGAACAGUUUGUUCUAGCUUUGUCAAGCAAAAGUAGUGGAAGCCAGCAUCAGGAGACUUUGGAACCUGUUCCACAGAAUUUGUCUUCGAGUAAAGAAAGAAGCAGCAGCUAUUGCAAAGGCGAUGCUGGUGAAGUAAAUGUCCAUAGGGCUCAUCUUUGUGCCAAUCGGGCUAACUGGGAUUUGAAUACCCCAAUGGAUACAUGGGAGAGUUCUUUGAAUGAUGCAGUUAUUAGUCAAACAUCUGCUGGUGGAAUGGUCCCAGCUGGUCGAAGAGAAGAUGAACAGCCAUUGAUAGGACUUGCUAUCACUUCUGAAAAGCUAUCAAGUAUAGAGAGUAAGAAUGUAACUGAUUUCUCCCGGCUGUCUAGCCAUAAAGACAAACCUGGUGACUCUCUUCAUUUACAACUUAGUCCGUCUUGUCUUAACUUCCCCAUUCAAGAACCUUCAACUGCAUCCCCUAAGUUAGAUACAAACAAAGUUAUUCCUAUGACAAGCAUGCCUAGAGUUGUUUUGCCAAGUAUCAACAUUGGGAAGGGUAUUAUUAGACCUGUAAAAUCAGAGCCAGUUGAGGAGAGAGUUAAGGUGGAGACACAUGGUGCUGAAUCCUUUAGUUUGGCCUCAUUAGACAGUUCAGUGGCAUCUUCUGUAAACGGGUUGCCAUUAAAAUUAAAUGAACAAAUGGUAGAAGGCACAGAUAAACACUUUUCAUGUGCAGUUAGAUGUAAAACUGCAGAUAUCCCGUGCCCCAUAGAGAAUUCUUCUUUUCUGACUGAGAAUAAAAAUUCAACUGCAGCAGUUAUGUGUAAAAACACAGAGGUAGCUAGCCCUGUCAGGAAUCCUUCUUCAUCUGCAGAGUAUAAACCUUCUGGUGAAACAAGUAAAACUGCAGAGAGUAUUUGCUCUGUUAUGAAUUCUUCCUUUCAUACUGCGUUGGGCAUGGGCGGUGAACAUAUAAAUCAAUCAGAAAGAUUUAGUUCUACUAGUGCAAUGCAUCUCGAAGCUUGUGAAAGUAGUGGGAAGUUUACACUAGAUAAGGCUGCUACGUCAGUGAGUAUUGAUGUUAAUGUAGACACUACAAAUCCUGAACGUAGUAAGGUUGAUGAUUCUAAGAAGUGUGGAUCAAAAGUCGCUAAUGAUCUACCUUUGCGUGGAGAUGGUGAGGGUUCUGCGAGUGAUGAUGAAAAGAUUAAUAUUUCAGCUGAAACAGGAGACUCUUAUAGUUCUGAUUAUGAGUCAGAUGGUAAUCACGCUAUAGAUAUGAGUAUUGAUAUGGAAUUGGAUAGUGAUUAUGAAGAUGGUGAGAUCAGAGAACCAAUUGAGCAUAUAGCAGUUGAGGUAACUGAGGGCAAGAAAGGACAAUCGGAUCAUGUUGAUAAUAGUUUUCUUAACAGAGAAGUGGUGGGUACAAUGGGAUUUAUCAAUAAUGCAGACCAUGCUUUUGAGGGAAAAGAGUCAAAAUGUGAUAGUACUGAAAUAGAUAAGAAGGGUGUUGAAGAAGCUUCUGGUGUACCUCAUAGCAUUAAGUGUGAGAGUGGAUUUGAUAAAGAUGCUUCUUUUCAAGAAUCAUUGACUGUUGAAAGCUCAGCUAGCGGAGCUUUUUUAGAUGAGACUAACAAUGCUGCAAUUAGUAUACCCCCUAGCGAAUCAGUGAAGAGAGAUGUGCAGGAGUGUCAAGACACAAAUCUUGAACAAGCUGCAUGUGGAGGUGAAGUAACUCAACCAACUAUUGCACAAGGAACUGAUCUGAGACUUGAUAGUGAUGAACUAGUACAACAGAGUGACACAGCUUUGGCCAAAUCCUCUUUGUACUUUGAUAAUGCAGGGAAGGAUGUUGAUAGUGGAACCCAUCGUAGCCGCAUGAUUAAUUUGCCCCGAUCGUCUGGUUCAUCUUCCCCUGGUAGGAACAGAACCUUUUCUGGGAGGGGAAUGCCUUUUAGAGCAGGAAGAGAGAGAUUUUCUGAUGUGACAAAUGAACGAGACAUAGUAUAUUUUCGAGGGAGAGAGGAAAAUUACGGUGAUGACACCCACAAGUUUUUUAGGGAGAGGCACCAUGAGCAGACAACUAGGAACUCUAGAUUCAAUUAUGUUCGUGGCAGAGGUAGGAUUAAUAAUCGAAUAAACACCUUUCGAGGUGAUCGAGAUUCUGAUCGUAACUUUGCUUCAGAAUUUCCCAACAGUCAACAAGAGUAUCGAGUUCCUAGACAUAAAUAUGAAUCGUCUGAUGUUGAUCAUGAAUAUAGUACUUACAAUGUCACUCAAGAUGGAGGCUUUGUUGGUUCUGGUCGUGGAGGUAGGAAGCAUUUAAAUGAUGAAGGACCAUUCGGUCGUCGGAUUCCCUCAAGGAAUCAGUCUCCUGGUGCAGGGCCUGCAGGUCGUGGUAGGCAUAUGGUAAGAAGAAUGCCAAGAAAUAUUAGUCCUAGAUGUGUUGGGGAGGAUGAUUCCGAGAUGGUCAGGCAUAGGCGAAAUGACAAGUUUGCAAGGAGUUUCCAAUAUGAUGAUAUAGAUCCUCCUGAGUUCUCGCGACCCCAACCUCCAUUUGAGGGAGUAGAUGGUCAGUUCUCCCAAGGAAACAGGAACUUCCCCUCGGUACAGAGAAAAGUUAUGCACCGUUCAGUUCGUUCAAAAUCUCCUGUAAGUGGUAGAAACCGUUCACCUGGGCCAUGGUCAUCUCCCAGGAGAAGAUCUCCAUAUGGGUUUUCUGGACAUCCAGAUUUGGCACAAAGGACUCCAUUUUACAGAAUAGACAGGAUGAGAUCCCCUGAUCGCCGCUGUUUUGCUGGAGAAGUGGUGGUUAGAAGGCAUGACAUGAGAGGGAUGGAUUCAGGUCGCGGUCAUGGGCACCCAGGCUCUGUUAUGCCUAACAGAAGCCCGUCCGAUCGCAUUGCAAUCAGAGAAAGAAGAUUUGGUGGUUUAGAUCCUCAAGAAAGGCCUGAAAGUGAUGAUUUCUUUGGUGGUCGUUUGCAUGAACUUGGUAGCGAUGUUAAUGGUGAAGAAAGAAGGUUUGGUGAGAGACGUGGACCUGUCCGUCCAUAUAGGACUCCGUUUAAUGUGGACGAUGUGAUUGAUAGAGAUUUCCACAUUAGGAUUAAGAAUAGACCUGGUAAUGCACCUAGACGAAUGAGAAAUAUUGAGGAGCAAGAAGCAAAUUACAGGCAGGGUGGUCAGAUGUGGCACAAUAAUGAAUUUGAUGAGAUGUCACGAGUUAAAAGGAAAAGAUUUUGAUUUUAUUUGGCCGCUGGCCUUAGUUUUGGAUCCAUUCUGCAUGUGAAGAUAGAGCCUGGUUCUUAUUAACUAAUUAUGCUUCAAGACAUUUUGCUUGUUAAAACACAAAGCAAGCUGCAUGGAUCCUAGACUGAAUGCUUUGCGGCAUAUGAUUAUAAUUGAAUUUUCAUGUAAAUUGACAAGUUUCUUUUCUGACUAAUCUCGACAUGAUUGAACUCAGAGUUUCAUGUGGCAAAUUUUGUACACUCCUAGGUAUGGUUGUAAAGUACUAUCUUACUGGUGGUCAUUUAUGAAGAAUGGCUGUUCUGCUCAUAGCUUUUGCGCUUGGCAGACAAAAACUUGCAGGUAUGCACAACUUGAAUCUGUUAGCACUCCACUAAAGUUCAAAGGCUUUAUGCCAUAAUGGAAUCUGUUAGAAAGUUCAUAAUUUCAUGUUAGUUUUUUCUGCUUCAGUUUCUUUUCGUGUAGCAAGUAGACUGCUCGGUUUCUCUCUGGCAUGUUAUUUGUUUCUGCCUCAAAGAUGAGAAGUAUCUUGAACUUCAUUUACAUGCUAUCCUUUAAUUUGGCAGGUAAUGUAAGUGAGUAGAUAGUUUUGGGCAGUUUGGUGAUGGGGAAGGAUGUGAAGUUGAUUCUUACAGAUUGCCUUUUGGAUGCAUUGUAGACUUUGUAGUGAUUAGGUGUCCCGGUAAACAAUCCAUUAUAGAUCUUGUGGAGAAUAAUUAAUGACACAUUAUCUAUAAGUUUAAAGAUUCAAAUAUUGGAAUAUCAGUGGAAACACGAGAUGGGCACAUUUAAUCUACAUUGUUGGCGAAUUCAUGUGCUUCCUGAAUCGUAAUAAACUGGCUGUAAUUUCAUAUCACUAGUUAAGAAAAAGGAUAUUGAAAUGCUUAUCUCUGUCUUCGCUGCUCUACAUGCCCCCUUCAUUUCAAAAGUUGCUUCAUGUGAUUAUUCAUUCGCCUUAAAUGAGAUGAUGCUAAUUGCUUACGAUGCAACCUUGGUGUUGUGUUUGUUGGGUCCAUGAAUUGGGAAACGUUAGUUCUGGGUAUACUUUUUUUUUUCUCAACACAAGCUGAAAAGUUUGGUGGCAUGACGAGUUGAGUAAUUUUGAUGAAAUAAAUCCAAGCUCAUUUGGUUUUAUUAAAAUUCACGAAGGUUCUGGCCAUUGUCUUGCUGAAUGGGUAAAUAAUUACAAGUUGGACAUGAUAUAUAUAUUUUUUUUGAUAA